AUGUUAAACCCAACUAGCUCAACUUUUAUGCGAUUUUAUCUGAUCCUGCUGGUGGUGUGCCAGCAUUGGCAAUGCAUAUGGAUGGCGGCGGACUGCUAUGGCAUGAAAUUGUUGUCAUUUCGUACCACCGAUACUCCUCAAUAUCGUUUCCAAAUGGAAUUUAAUUCCAAUCAAACACUAUCCUCGGUGACACGUGUGCUGGAGCCAGUACCCACUCCCAUGUGGAACUUGAUCUUGGUUCAAUACUACAAACAAGGUCGACGAACAAUUAAGAAAAACGUUUACAAUACCAAAAUAAUUGUGUGUAAUUUUUGGCGUCAAAUGGAACGUUUACGAAUUUUCAAUAACCUGGCCGAUAAUCUCUUCAAAGAUCCCGAUUCGGGCAAUAUGAGCCUAGCAUGUCCCUUGCAGGUGGGCACAUAUGUCAUGAAAAAUAUUUACUUACCGGCUGAUGCGGGACUUUUGAAAUUCAUCUUUCGCCCAAACACCAUUUAUGGCCUCUUUGGCUAUGUCUACUCGCAGUUGCCGAAUAAGAAAUUGAUUCUCAAGUGUACCUAUGAAAUCAAUGGAACGGUUAUACCUGUCGAAACAUGUUGA